UUUGCAAAAAGCUGUAAAGUUGAGUAAAUAAUCUGUGGCUAUUCCUUCUCACAGGCAGCUUGGAUUCCCUCAUGGAUCAGCACCAGCUAGGAGUUCAACGCUGUGCCAUGAAUAGACUGCUUGACAUGAGCCUGGUCUCUGCAGAACAGGAGAACUCUCACCCAUGGAUGUAAAUCAUUUGGGAUCUGCUUUCACACUUAUUAAUUCCUGUUGGUAUUUCACUUCGUGUGGACUGAGAGAUUUAUUUACCCUCUGAAAGAUCCGUUGGGACUUCUUGUCACAUCAGUUCUUGGGUGGAGCUCGCAGCAACUUGUGGUAAGUGCUGUGCCCUUCCUCUUUUGACAGCGGGGCUUCUUUUUUGUGCUGCACUACUCAAAAUGGCUUGGUAAAGUCACAGAAAGAAACAUCUGGCUUCUUGAGUAGAGGAGUGAAAGCUGAGCUGGCAGACAGAGUGCUCUCUGUGUUUCCCAGGGACACACAAAGUGGAUGUAUGUAUUGCAGGGUCCUGUUUUUAUAGGACCGUUUUGCUCUUGCUUUUAAACCAGACAGUCUGUCUGUACAAGACUGACAAAAAAUAACUCUCAAGCACCGUGGAGAGAUGGAAACUGCAGCUGAGAAAUGAUUUGGGGGAAAGGAAGACAGAAAAACACAACCAAACUAUUAUGGAAGUACAAAUAGCCCUCUAAAGGAUCAGCAAACACACCAGCUAUGGAGUCUGACUGUAGCCCCAGCAAGGGAGAUUUCUCUUCAGAGAAAACCUGUUAACCAUUUGGAGGGAGUAUAUGUGGAUAAGACAGAGCUGUUAAAAAACCCCUGUGCUUCAGGUUUUUUCUCCCAGUGGGGAACGUCUUUGGUGAUCUGCAAGACCACCUCUGCUGGAAAUGGAUAACUUCACAAAUGGGCGUCCAGGCCCAGGUCAGAGGAACAGGUUGAUGGGAUUGCUGGAAACAGAUGACAGUGUCCAAGAAAACAAACCUGCAUCUAGUAAAAAGGAAGAAAGAUCGGGAUAUGGAAAGAAAGGAGAGUCACAACCCUUGGAGACACCUUAUCAGAAGGAAAGCAGUGACUUCUCUCCUAAAGUCAAGAUUAAUCUGAACUAUCGGCCAGGUCUCAUCAGCAACCAAAAGGACCCGAAUCGCUUUGACAGAGACAAGCUCUUCAGAGCAGUCACAAGUGGCAGCCCUGAGGCACUGGAUGGUUUACUUGAGUACUUAAGGAGGACCUCCAAAUUUCUCACCAAUUCUGAAUACACAGAUGCAAAGACUGGGAAGACCUGCUUAAUGAAAGCCCUGUAUCACUUGAAAAAUGGAAAAAAUGACACAAUCCCACUUUUGCUGGAAAUAGACCAAAAGACACAGAAUCCCAGGCCUCUUGUCAAUGUGGCAUGCUCUGACAGUAAAUACGGAGGCCAGACAGCACUCCACAUUGCCAUAGAGAAAAGGAGCCUAGAAGUAGUGAAACUUCUAGUAGAGAAAGGAGCUGAUGUCCAUGCCAGAGCCUAUGGUGAUUUCUUCAGGAAGAAGAAAGAAGGAGUUUACUUUUAUUUUGGUGAACUUCCUCUCUCCUUGGCUGCUUGUACCAACCAGUUUGAGAUGGUGAAAUAUCUCAUAGACAAUCCCCACCAGAAAGCCAGGCUCCAGGAGCAAGAUACACAGGGCAACACAGUCCUGCAUGCCCUGGUGAUGAUUGCAGAUGACACAGAGGAGAACACCAAGUUUGUGAGCACAACGUAUGUGGAGAUCUUGAAGGCUGGUGUGAAUGUUGACCCAACAUGGAAACUGGAGGAGAUAGCGAAUUACGAUGGAUUGAAUCCUCUGCAGCUUGCUGCCAAGACAGGAAAAGUGGAGAUCUUCAAGCACAUCAUCCAAAGAGAGAUCAAAGAGCCAAAGUACAGGCACCUGUCCCGCAAGUUCACCGAAUACACCUACGGACCCAUCCACGUGUCUCUCUAUGACCUGUCCUCUAUAGACAGCUUCGAGGAAAACUCUGUGCUGGAGAUUCUGGCAUACAGCAGUGACACACCAAAUCGGUACAAGAUGGUAGUUUUGGAGCCACUUAACAAACUGCUUCAAGACAAAUGGGAAAAAUUUGCUUCCAAGAGAUUCUACUUCAGUUUUGCCUCCUACUUGUCCUUCAUGAUCAUCUUUACAGCCAUCGCAUACUAUCAGCCCUUACGGGUAAAGCCUCAGUUUCCAGUGGAGUUCACAGCUGGAGGCUUCCUGUGGGUCUCUGGACUGAUCAUUAUCUUGCUAGGAGGCAUUUACCUAAUCUUUGCUCAGAGUCUGUACCUGCGGAGGAGGCGCCAGUCCCUGAAGACUAUGUGUUCUGACAGCUGCAUUGAGAUCUUGAUCUUCAUCCAGGCUUUCUCAUUGCUACUGUCAGCAGUCCUUUAUGGUGCAAGUUCAGAAAACUACGUGGCAGUGAUGGUGUUCUCCCUGCUCCUGGGAUGGAUCAACAUGCUGUAUUACACCCGGGGCUUUCGGCGCACUGGCAUCUACAGUGUCAUGAUACAGAAGACCAUUCUGAAGGAUCUGCUGCGUUUCCUCCUGGUUUAUAUGAUCUUCCUCUUUGGCUUUGCUGCAGCUCUGGUUACACUGAUGGGAGAUGCUCCUUCAGCCUCUCAGAACAAGUCUCUUGCUCAUCUGGAGGGUGCUGGAAGCCACGCUAUGUACGGCGGGCUGCUCAGCGUCUCCCUGGAGCUCUUCAAGAUCACCAUUGGGAUGGGUGACCUGGAUUUCUAUGAGCAUGCCAGAUUCAGAUACUUCGUCAUGCUCCUGCUGCUUCUGUUUGUGAUCAUCACUUACAUCCUUUUGCUCAACAUGCUGAUUGCACUGAUGAGUGAGACUGUCACAGACAUUUCUGGUUAUAGCAAAAGCGUCUGGAAGCUGCAGAGGGCUAUUGCUAUUCUAGAAAUAGAGAAGGCCUGGCUCUGGCGGCAAGGUGGGAAGAGGAGAACUGGCAACUUCAUGUCACUGGGCCGUGAGAAGAAAGAUGAGAGGUGGUGCUUCAGAGUAGAGGAGGUGAAAUGGACAAGUUGGGCAAAAGAUGUGGGAGUUCUUAAAGAAGACCCUGGAAACAACAGUGAUUUAGAAAUAAAUCCAGAAGAGACAAGAUCAUGGAAACGGAUGCCACAGAAGCAACUGAGAUCAGCUAUUUCAGAGGAGCAGUCACUAUUGCAGCCCCAGCCAUCAGCAACUGAGAUGGUGUCUCUAGAGAGACAAACCAGAAACCUUUAGUAGGUUUUCUAGAUUGCAACCUUGCUUCAUCUUCAAAGGAUUAGUUCUUCCUCUAGUGUCUGGAAGAACUGAAGGCAUUAUCAGUAUUGAAGUGCAUUUCAUCAAAGACUCUGGUUCAGCCUGUGGCUUUAAGUAUUUUCAUGCACUUUAAACAUUCAUUUCCUCUGGGGAAACUGUUUUUACUCAACUUUCUCUGCCUGACACUUUCUUAUUACUAUGUCUAAAGGUGCAAGAGCAAGACCACAGGGCAAUGGGGAGACAGUGCUUUCUGAGCUGCAUGGGAAUGAUGCUGUUUGCCAUAGAGAACCAAAAGAUGAAUGACCUAUCUUGGAAUGGGCUGACUUAUUUUUUUGUGCACAAGAGACUGCACUGAAGUGCUUUGGAAUAAAGAGUGUUGUAGAGGCAUAAAAACUUACCAAGGACAGAGUUGUCUUCUGUGCAAAACACUGUGGGUGUGAGACACGAGUGGACAAAUGGUCUUCAGUCAUCAAGAGCCAUCCAGAGUCCUUGUGCCAGCACCUGCUGUGCUCAGUGUCUCACCCACAUCAGAAUUCCUGCCUUAGAGCAUUACAAUGAAAUCAUUUACACAAGGUGCACCUUUGCUUAAGAGCACAAAAGUGAUGUGGAUUUCCUGGACCUGUAACUUCACAUAGUGAACUGCUGAAACAUCUUGUCUUUCACAGGUUGCUUUGUCUCGGUAGAAAACAGCAGCAGGAUCCUGCACAUGGCUUCUGAGACAGAUGGGCCAAAGUGCAUGGUGUGGUUAAUGCUUCCUGUCAGUCUUGGUGGGCAUCCUGUCUCACUGUAACCGACUGCAAGGACCUCAUGGCUCUUUGUAACAUGCACAUUGCCUCAGGCAGGAGGGGAAGCAAACUUGAGACUGUGGAAAAGAGAUAAAAAUGAGCUGUCUCCCUUUCUGCCUGUAUUUUAAAACAAUAACAUGUAAUACUUCUGUAAACUGUCAAUAUAUCAAGUUUACCUUAUUGAAAA